GCGGCGGUGGUGGUGGUGGCAUGGUGAUGCUGUUCGAUUUCAUCAAGAAGCGUGCGCAGGAGGGGGUGGAGCAGACGCAGAACCUGGUGACCGCGGCGCAGACCGGGCGGCUCGACGAGGCGCUGAAGGAGACGUCGGCGAACGCAAAGUUUUCGGACGGCCUCGCGCAGAGCCGGCUUCGUUUUGUGGGAGACCUGGAGAACCUGUUCGGCAUGACAGGUCCGCUGGAGGAGACCCUCGGAAAGCUGGAGGAGGCGUUGUUGCAAGCUGAUCUAGGAGCUACGACCUCUUUCCAGAUCAUCGAGGACCUCAGGAACACGGCCAAGGCCGAGGACCGACGCUUGGAGCCCGAUGACAUCAAGUCUGUGCUACGGGCAACCCUGAUCCAGGUGCUUAACGGCGGCACCAUGCCUCCCGCCGAGGGUGGAGGCGACACUGCGGCCAUCACAUUCGCCGACCCGUCUUUGGGGGUCCCGUCCGUGCUGUUUUUCAUGGGGGCCAACGGGAUGGGCAAGACCACCACGGUGGGCAAGGUGGCCUCGCGGCUGAGAGAGGACGGGGGCCAGAAGGUGCUUCUCGCGGCCGCGGACACGUUCAGGAUUGAGGUCAUCGCGGCCGCGGACACCUUCAGGGCAGCGGCGGUGGAGCAGCUGAACGAGUGGGCGGAGAGGUCGGGGGCGGACAUCGUUGUGCCUCUCGACAAGGACGAACGGCCUCCGUCCGUGGUGGCGAGGGCGGCGGAGAAGGCGGUGUCCGAGGGCUACGACGUCCUCAUCGUCGACACCAGUGGGCGAUUGUCGAACAACUACAGCUUGAACGAGGAGCUCAAGGACAUGAAGAAGACCCUUUCAGACAGGAUCCCGGGGGCCCCGCACGACACCCUGCUGGUGGUAGACGCCUCCGUGGGUAGGAACGCCGUGGAUCAGGCCAGGACGUGGAAGCAAGAGGUGGGAAUCUCGGCUUUGGUGGUGACCAAACUGGAUGGAACCGCCCGAGGGGGUUUCGUGGUUAGUAUCGUCAGCGACCUCGGGGUACCCGUCAAGCUCAUCGGCGUCGGAGAGUCGCUGUACGACCUGAGGGACUUCGAGCCGGUGCUGUUCGUGGACUCUCUGCUGGGCUACUCGGUACGGUUUUUUCGCAUCUAGAUAUCUAGCAGUAGGGGUAGUGGCCCGUGUGCAUCGAAGGUCAAGAACCGGUCUUCGUGGUUGCUGCAGGUGAGCAUAACGGCGACUGUUGUCUUUUCAGGAGAAGCGGAAGCAAGCCCGGCUUUUUUCGCCGAUUUUGUGGAACGGCAAGAUGGGCUGUUGGUUACCAUUUGUACACUGGAAGGUGGUCGGCGAGGUUUGUGUAGCUUGGCGGUUUUCGACGUUUUUGUUCCUGGCCAUUUCCUCGUCGGGUCUUGCUCUCCCUGCUUCGCGUUUUGCUCGCUGCGGGGGGUUGGCGAGCGAGCAGACGAAUGAAGACGAGUCCGCUCAUGGCUGUGCACCGUCUAGUGUGCAUAGGAGUACUUCCUUACCCUAAACGAAGUGAAAGUAUUGAACACGAUUCACGAAGUCGCUUGUCUUUGCUAUUUUCUCUGUCUUCCUCGUCUACCGUUCCUCACCCCCCCCUCCCGUGCUUCCCAUACCGAUCAUGAUUCUUCAUGUCACUUGCCAAUUCGCGAUAGCCGGAGGACGCCAGUCGGUUACAGGCCAUCUUCGAGGCUAACCCUGUCAUGCAGGCACGGAUGCUGGAGAGGAUGAAAAAGGCCCAACAAGCUGCGGAGCCGUACGUCCCGCCCAAGCUCGAGAGCUACGCCGAGCCGGCAUCGAAAUCCAGGAGAAAGGCCAGGGCCGCUAAGGGGGGCAAGAGGACUAAGAGAAAAAAGCGAUGACGGAGAGAACCGCGACGUAUGCCAUGGUUUGCCUUUCCGUGCCAACCGGGAACACACGCGUCCAGUCAGUGUAGACUAGGCGGGUAGGCCCUGUUGUGGAGCCCCCAAUUAUAGGCAAGCUAGGGGGGCUCUCCGUGGUAAAUUUAGAGCCGCUGAAGGGUGUGAGCUUCUGGGGGGUCAUGAAAUAAAUUAGAGGUGCUGGGGAAAGGAACCGGAGGGUGCCCGCGAUUAAACUUUUACCCGCUCCUGGUACGUGUCCCCGGCGUUGAGGUCAGGCCAUGCGGAAACCGCUCUGUACCUUUUUCCCCGGAAGUUGAUGGAUCCUUCCGUUGCGAACGAAGUAGUGCGUUCGCGAGGCUUGCCGGUUGAAUUUUUUUUUCGUGAAGCUGGUCGCCCGUGUAUGGUAUAGAUUGUUCGUAUCCCCUCAACGUUGUCCUCUACGGUGCAGUAAGGUUUGGAGAUCCAGGCAAGGCGCUGUCAUUGCUCGCUCACGUGCACUGCGGCAUGACCGUAUGUUUGGGUCCCUAGAACUGCCCAAAACUGAAAAUCCAGACAACCAUAGCAACACGUGUCUUGCGAUGAAUGAAGCACGGCAUCCCCUGGGAACUGUUAACAGUCAGGCAAGGUUGUGGUUGAUCCCUUUGUCAGCACGAAAAGCGUACCGGUUGGCCAGCGGAGGUAGUCGUGUCUGUGUGGCCUAGAAUCGGAACGAUCACGUCAGAUAUGAAAGCCUCGGGUGAUGUAGUACGCAUGCUGCGAGCGACGGUAAUUGUGGGAUUACAGCCAGAGUGCGUCGAUGAUGAGCCUUU